AUACCUUAAAUUAUAUUUUUAAAAAAAAAAAAGAAAAUUAGAAAGUGAAAAUAUAUAUAUUAUCCUAAUUAAAAUAUCAAAACCUCUCUUUCUUCUUCAUACAAAUCUUCAUUGUGUUUCUUUCUGGUUUUUGAAAAUGGCGGACAACAAAACCAUUACUUCUCCAACCCAAUACAACGUCGUCAAUGCCAAAUGGGAUACGUGUUUGGAUCUCAGUCUUCGUCGUUUCGUGUACGGUUCAUUCGGUGGAGCCUUGGCUGGUCUUCUUCUCUUCAGGAGUCCAGUUACUCGUUGGGCAUCUGUAGCUUUUGGUGCUGGGAUUGGGAUUGGAUCUGCUUACACUCAAUCACAACAGUUAUUAUCAUCAUCCCAAUCUUCUUCUGUAAAGGAGAAUUAAACUCUUGAAUCUUCGGUAAAACCUAAUUUUUCAUUUCAUAAUAAUUUUGAUUUGAUGUUGGAUUUGAUUUGAGAAAAAUUUAAAUGUUGUUUCGAUGGAUGGAGUUUUGAUAAGAAAGGAACAAUUGUGAUGGUAUUUUUGUUGAUUAGGUUGAAUUUGGGAUUGUUGAUUUUCUGAAUAUAUUUUCGAUUGUGUGAA